AUGCGACUCCUCAACACGGAGACCAGGCAAUUGGAGGAGCCGAAUCCAGUUCCAAAAUAUGCUAUUCUAUCGCACACGUGGGGUAAUGAGGAGAUCACAUUCAAUGAUCUGCAGAACGGGACAGCCGAAAGGUUCAAAGAAGGUUACUCGAAACUAGACGGAUUUUGCAAGCGAGCCUCAGAGAAUGGGUAUGGUUAUGUAUGGAUCGACACUUGCUGCAUUGAUAAGAGCAGCAGUGCAGAACUCUCCGAGGCAAUUAACUCGAUGUUCUCAUGGUACCAGGGGUCCGAUGUCUGCUAUAUCUAUCUCGACGACGUACCAACUGAUGACGAUGUGGUGCAUCCCGCCUCCGCUUUCUGCAAGAGUCGGUGGUUCAAUCGCGGAUGGACGCUACAGGAACUAAUUGCUUCUCGGAAACGACUAUUCUUUUCAGCCUCAUGGGACUUACUUAGGCCAAGCGUAACGAAGCUUGGUAAAGUUGGGAAACUAAGACAAUCGGCGAGGGUGAUGCGGGUGGUAGAAACCAUAACAGGUAUCCCGGUGUCGGUGAUCGACCACAGUACCACCGUAUUUCAAUACAGUGUUGCGACGCGCAUGUCCUGGGCAUCCAAAAGGAAAACGACCAGAGUUGAAGAUGAAGCAUAUUGCCUAAUGGGGUUAUUCCAGAUCAACAUGCCAUUGAUGUACGGUGAAGGGCCCCGUGCCAUGCGUCGACUGCAGGAGGAAAUAAUCCGAAGUUCUACAGAUCAGUCCAUUCUGGCUUGGGGAUAUAAUCAUCGAUACUCAAGCUGGCCCGGAUAUCUUGCUGCCUCAGUCAAAGACUUUGCGGACAUCAACCCAAUAUUGGAGCCUAGAAACCCGUCGACAUAUGUAAGAGAAAGACAAGGCCGUUUAGCCACACACAGCACGGUAACCAACCAGGGGCUACAUAUAGCGAUGCCAAUCAAAGAGCUUUUUGGAGACCCCAAGACAUAUCUUGGUCUUCUGGAUGCCUUUACACUGAACGGGAGGCAGUUCGCAUUGCACCUUAUUCCCACUGGACCGGAGUCAAAUCUUUUUGCGCGCGCUCCCGGUUCUGCUGUUGUUACCAUUGAAAUGGGAUUGGUAAACCAUUGGGAAUGGGAACGCAGACAAAUUUACAUACGCGACUUUGAUUUGCAGGUUGAUCAUCUUUCACGGAUGCAUACAAGACUGGGCAGUUCUUGGCUGCCCUGGGACCUUGUGUUGAGUGGACCGGCAUGGGAGGAGGAAGGAUGGAAGUUGAGUAGUUGCUACCCGCCAACGGGAUUUGAGCCGUACGCCUUUUCCUCGAAGAAGGGAUAUAGAGCACAUACGUUGGGUGCGGUGGGCGAACCUUGUGGCCAGCUUGCCAAUGUUGUCUUGAUUUUCACCAAUCAAAAACACUGCCUCUACUUACAACUAACCAGUGGUCAAUCGCGUCCAAGUUGGAUGAAACCAGUAAACACCAACUCGGCCAGUGUUUCAGUUCGGUUCAGAGGAGACGGGCCCGAAAACAUGGUGGAAGGAGCUUUGUUCCGAGAGGAUUACAGCGGAGAGCUUAUGUUUGCUAUGAAGAAGGCAUUUGAUGGCCAUCGAUGGACCACUAUUAGCCACGAUGAUCAAACGCUGGUUGGGAGGUACAUGUUCAACUGGGACCUCUCGAUUUGGCCUUUACAUAACACCGAAGUCGAGGUUACUUUAGUGCGAAUGUUGAACUAA